CCAGUAUAUUAUAAAAAUUAAGAGGAACAAGCAGUCGACACUAUCGAAAUUCGAAAGUUACGAGCACCAUUCUUUGAUGGAUAUUAAGAUCACGUGAUACUGUGCGGGAGCAAAAGUUUUUCUUUCGAAGUGUAUCCCAGGAAUGUGCGGGAAGUUUGCUGCAAGGCAGCGCAUCGAAUCCUGUGCCCAAAAAAUUCCUAGCGCACUCAGCGCCGCUUUUUCUAAGUCUACGCAGAAAUAUUCACCCCAAAAUUCCGAUUCUUUUGUAUUGUUUUAGCUUAUAAAGGUUUGGUUCGUCGUCUUUAAAUUCAGUUCCGAUUGUCACGGACGAAAGAGAGAUAAAAGGAACAAAAAAAUCAAACAGGAAAACGAGAAGAUUAAUAAGUUGUGCGCCGAAAUUUGAAGGGUUUCAAUGGAUAUCUCGAGCUCGGGGACCUUGCAUUUGGUAAUGGCAGCCCUGGUAGGGGCCACCGUAGUGGCGGCCUCAGCUUAUUACAUGCACAAGCGAGCGUUGGAGCAGUUGCUGGAGUUUCAGCGGAGGAGCCAGGGAGAGAAUUUGGAAGAUAAUGAAGAAGAUGAGGAAGCAGUGGCACAGAGUAAGAGGCGCGGGCAUCACAAUUCUAGGCGGAGAAGUGCUUCUGAUAGAACCUUCGGUUCAAUGCCUAACAUCCCGAAUGCCGCUGCGGAAGGGUUGGAGUGUUAUGGCCAGAGCGAGAAGAAGUUGAAUCAUAGUAAUAAUUAUAAUGGAGGUGCGGAAUUUAGGCGGGGUUCAUUCGGGAACUUGACUACGAUUCCCUCGGGACUUCCCCGCCUUCAGACGCGGCGAGACGGUAGUUGGCAAUCUCUCAAUCAUCCUACUCCUUCAAAGAGAGCACCAAUGGUACCAGCCAAAUCACCACCUGCCACAAAUGGUGGCGCAUUUCAGAGCAUGGAGGGAUCUGAAGAAGAUGAGGCACUUGAUAAUCAGGACGGACAGAAUUAUUCUUAUGAAGAUGGAGAUACUGUGAUAGAAAACAUGACAUCCACGACAGAAGGCAAUCAUAGACCCAUAUACCCCACUGAUCCUGAUCACGUUAAUAUGAAUGGAGAACAAAACCCCAAAGCUGCAAGUAGUAUAAUUAAAUCUCACAGUGUAUCUGGAGAUCUCCACGGAAUACAUGCAACAGAUCCGGUGGCUGCAAAUAUUCUGAGAAAAGAGCCAGAGCAGGAAACAUUUGUACGCUUAAACAUUACACCCAUGGAACCACCAUCCACUGAGGAGGAGGAAGUCUGUUUAAUGUUGCAAGACUGUCUACAAUUGCGCAACAAGUAUGUCUUUCGAGAUAUGGUUGCUCCAUGGGAGAGGGAAGUCGUAACAGAUCCUUGCACUCCUAAGCCAAACCCUGAUCCCUUUGUUUAUGAAACUGAGGAAAAAACAGAUCAUUCUUUUCAGAUGGUGAAUGGUGUAAUCCAAGUCUAUGCGAGUAAAGAUGAAACGACACCUCUUUUCCCAGUUCCUGAUGCUACAACAUUUUUCACUGACUUGCAUCGCAUCCUUAAAAUUAUAGCUGUGGGAAAUGUUCGUACUCUAUGCCACCAUCGACUCCGUUUGUUAGAACAGAAAUUCAGUCUUCAUCUAAUGCUUAAUGCAGACAGGGAGUUUCUAGCUCAAAAGAGUGCCCCUCAUCGUGAUUUUUAUAAUGUCAGAAAAGUUGAUACUCAUGUUCACCACUCAUCAUGCAUGAAUCAGAAACAUCUUUUACGGUUUAUUAAGUCCAAGCUGAGGAAAGAACCUGAUGAGGUAGUUAUCUAUCGAGAUGGAAUAUAUUUGACAUUGAAAGAGGUUUUUGAGAGCCUGGAUUUGACUGGUUAUGAUCUUAAUGUUGAUCUACUAGAUGUACACGCAGACAAGAACACUUUCCAUCGGUUUGAUAAGUUCAAUCUCAAGUACAACCCUUGUGGACAGAGCAGGCUUAGAGAAAUAUUUUUAAAGCAAGACAAUCUUAUUCAAGGCCGUUUUCUCGCGGAGCUUACAAUGCAAGUUUUUUCUGAUCUUGCCGCAAGUAAAUACCAGAUGGCAGAGUACAGAAUAUCAAUCUAUGGAAGAAAACAAAGUGAGUGGGACCAAAUGGCAAGCUGGAUAGUCAACAAUGAGUUGUACAGUGAAAAUGUUGUUUGGUUGAUUCAGCUGCCUCGGUUAUAUAAUGUGUACAAGGAAAUGGGCAUAGUUACAACUUUUCAGGAUAUGUUGGACAAUGUUUUUAUUCCUCUAUUUGAGGUUACAAUUGAUCCAAGCUCUCAUCCUCAACUGCAUGUCUUUUUGAAACAGGUUGUAGGGUUCGAUAUGGUUGAUGAUGAAAGCAAACCUGAAAGACGUCCAACAAAGCACAUGCCAACUCCAGAACAGUGGACCAAUGUCUUUAAUCCGGCUUACUCAUACUAUGCUUAUUAUUGCUACGCUAACUUAUACACACUUAACAAGCUUCGUGAAUCCAAGGGUUAUUCAAUAUUAAAAUUCCGCCCCCAUUGUGGCGAGGCCGGGGAUAGUGAUCACUUGGCAGCCACUUUCUUAUUGGCACAUAACAUUGCUCAUGGAAAUAAUUUAAGGAAGUCUCCUGCACUGCAGUAUUUGUUCUAUCUUUCACAAAUUGGUUUGGCCAUGUCUCCUUUGAGUAACAAUUCCCUGUUCUUGGAUUACCAUAAAAAUCCUUUCCCUAUGUUUUUUGCACGUGGGCUCAAUGUAUCUCUUUCAACAGACGAUCCUUUACAAAUUCAUCUGACUAAAGAGCCUCUUGUAGAGGAAUACAGCAUUGCAGCAUCGGUUUGGAAGCUUAGUGCUUGCGAUCUUUGUGAAAUUGCACGUAAUUCUGUUUACCAGUCUGGAUUUUCUCAUGCUCUGAAGUCCCAUUGGAUUGGGAGAAAUUACUACAAAAGAGGUCCAGCGGGCAAUGAUAUUCAUAAAACCAAUGUACCUCACAUGAGAGUUGAAUUUCGUGAUGAGGUCUGGCAAGAGGAGAUGAACUAUUUAUUCCUUGGUCGUGCGCCGAUACCAGAAGAGUUGCUCCCGUGAACAAUUUAACUGGCACGUCUAUACAAUAAGAACGGGUCCAGACACCUCAUUUCGUAUAUAUUUGUAAACUAAAACGCCCUGGGAAAAUAGUUAUAGAAGCCUAGGACUAUAUGGAUGGUAUAUAAUGCUCCUGAAAUCUAUGACAUGCUAUAUAUUUAUCAUUAAGCCAUCGAUGAAAGUCAUGUUUUCAGAGUAGAUAUAAAAUCAUGUUUCAUAAUGCCAUCUUUAGAAUGAAAUUCAAUGUUUAUUUUGUGGUAGCAUUCUACUA